AUGGUAAGCAAUGCAUCUUUUCUGGAAUGCUUAUGUAGCAGUAUAGCAUGGCUAACUAUCUUGGGGUUUAUCUUACAGAAGUUCAAGAAGGAUCCAUAUACAACAACAUUAGGAGGCUUUUCAAAAGUUACAAACUACCUUAUGUAUGCAUUUCGUGGUUAUGAUGUCACAUCCCAACAAAGACCUGCAUCUGAAAUGGAUCUCAGUGAAUCUAUUUCGGGCCUGGAAAUUAAUCAUCAGGAGGAGCCAGGUUUUGAAGUCAUCACACGAAUUGAUCUUGGAACAAGACCUGAAAUUCAAAGAGGAGAACCAGUUUCCAUUGAGAGGUGGUUGCAAUGCAUGGAUGCAGAAGGAAAAGUCCUAGAUCCAGACAAUGUGAAAAAAAUGAUAUUCAAGGGGGGUCUUUGCCAUGCAGUAAGAAGAUUGACCUGGAAAUUUCUUCUAAAUUAUUUCCCAUGGGAUAGUUCAAAAGAAGAUAGAAGAUUGUUAACCAAAAGAAAAACAGAUGAGUACUUCAGGAUGAAGCUUCAAUGGAAAUCAGUCAGCGAAGAACAAGAAAAAAGAAAUACAAGAUUGAAAGAUUACAAGAGUCUUAUAGAGAAAGACGUCAACAGAACAGAUAGAACAAAUCCUUUUUAUGAAGGGCAUGAAAAUCCUGGAUUGAUUUUAUUGCAUGACAUAUUAAUGACCUACUGCAUGUAUGAUUUUGAUCUUGGGUACGUUCAAGGAAUGAGUGACUUGCUUUCUCCCAUAUUGUAUGUUAUGGAAAAUGAAGUGGAUGCCUUUUGGUGCUUUGUUGCUUUCAUAGAACAAAUGCAUUGCAACUUUGAGGAACAAAUGCAAGGCAUGAAAACAGAAUUAUCCCAGCUUAGUACAUUAUUAAAGUUGCUAGACCUUGGGUUCUGGAAUUAUCUUGAAUCUCAAGAAUCUGGAUAUCUGUACUUCUGCUUCAGGUGGCUUCUGAUUCGGUUCAAAAGAGAGUUCAGCUUUCAAGAUACUCUUAGACUCUGGGAGGUUAUGUGGACUGGAUUGCCUUGCCAGAAUUUUCAUCUGUUAAUAUGCUGUGCUAUACUAGACUCUGAAAAACAGAAGAUAAUGGAAAACCAUUAUGGCUUUAAUGAAAUUCUAAAGCACAUCAAUGAACUUUCUUUGAAGUUGGAUGUAGAAGAAGUACUUUGUAAAGCAGAGGCAAUUUACUGUCAAAUGAUGAAAUGUAAGGAUUUGCCGCAGGCUGUUGGUGAAAUUCUCGGCCUAAAGGAUAGCACAGUUAUAACCCCUGAUUUGGAAAUUAGUGCACCUGAGACAGGGGUUCCCAAAAAUUCCUGGCGGGCAAACCAUUCAGAUUUGGCAGUGGCUUCCUUUAUGCAGACAAAUGAAAACUUAGCCGAACAUACGGACACUGCUCAGAAUGGGCACAAGACAACCGCUGUAGAAUGAAGCUGAAAUCUGAAAUUUUGUAACCCCAGCCAAGUGAGAUGCCACAAUUUGUUUACUUUUUUGCAAAAGUCUUCGUAGAUAACAUAUCAGUAUUUGGAAUCAUCAGUGGGUCUAGAUAUGUUUAAGACAAGAAAGUGCAAGAUUGGUAUGGGAAAUUCCCCUGUUGCAAUUCCAAAUGUUUUUUAAAAAUGAAUGCAAAGAAAGUGUACUUUUUCUAAUUGCUUAAAACCAUGAGGGCCUUCGUAUGGAAAUGCAUUUUUCAGACUUCCUCGUGUCAAACGUGAAUGUUGAAUAGUAAUGAGGUUUUGUUUCAUAUUAAGAAAGUAACAAUUAUUUUGUUAAUUCAUGAAUGCUUAUCUAAUUAGUAUCUGUGAUUUUAUUGAAAGAGGGUUUUCUCUCAAAAAUUGCUCCUGAAAUCAAAGAAAUUUUUUUGUGGUCUUCGAAUAAAAUUUAUAAUUAGCUUGUCCAAUCCAAAUAGGUGCUUAAAGCCUGUCUAAAAUGAGCACUUGGUGUGAUAUUUCAUCUUGAUCAAGAUUUAGGAAAACAAACAUUGUGGGUGGAGGGUUUUGGAUAAUGGUCAGCUGUUGGUUAAGUUUUCACAAAGCUCCACCAGACAAAUUUAUUCUUGAAAGAAAUCUAAUAUUUUAGAGCUACUGUACAGAUUUUGACAGCGCCAACAAAAUUGAUUGCAAGUAUUUGUAAAAUAACCUGUGAAUAUUGCAAAUGAGACUUCAGCAACUGAAUAUUGUAUUCUACAGUGCUGUAGAGGAAGAAGUUGCUUACAAGUUUUGCUGCUGUGAUACAUUAUUAUAUGCAGUAUUAAUUAAAGAAUAUUCACCACAUUAUUACAUUAAAUCUGAGACUACAAAACCUGAAGUUAGUUGAUAGCAGGAGAGUUCUUUUCAGGGAUCCUGUAAGGUUUAGCACUGCUAGAGAUUGUCAGAACUGCCAAGUAAGGUAUUUUUAUUGCAAUUAAUGGAAUGCUUAGUAGACAAAUAUCCCUGAUCAAAAUGCAAAACAAAAAAUUAUAUAAUCUUCUAAUCUACUGAGAAUAUAUUUUGAAAAGCAUAUUUUUAAGCUACUGCAUCUCCCAUCCAUACUCUAAUGUAUGGUUAAUAAUUAACGCUUGUUCAAUAAAUGUAUAACUUGAUUUACUUUGAUUUUUAUUAUAAGAAGAAAUGUACAGUGGCACAAUUUCUAACAGUUGUAUAAAGCCUGAAAUUUUGUAUUUUGACUGUGUACAAAAGUAAAUGUAAUAUAUAACUCUCCUUUCUAACAUAUGUACUGUGUGUUCACAAGGGACUAUUUUUAGUACAAAUAUGUUUUGUUGAAAAGGAAAUCCCUGUUUGCACUGCUUUUUAUUACGGAAAACUCAAGAUCAUUUUACUUUACAAAGGCAUUAAAGUCAAGUACAUGGAAGAAAGGCGUAAAAUUACAUAAGUUUGUACGUUACCCAUUAAUAUAAAUGUAACAAAGAAACUUUCAAAUUGAAAUAAACAUUCUUGAAGAGUUUAGUUCAAA